UCUUGUCCCACGUUUUCCCGCGCUAUUUUCGUUCAUCAGCAGCUUUGUCAUGAGUGACUGAGCUCCGCCACUUGUUGCUCAGACGAAGACGGGGCUUCGCCGUUUGAACUGCUGAUCAUUUCGCGCAUACACUUCAGCGGGGCCUUUUUGCAUGCAGCUACUACGACGAAUCGACCCUAGAAUUGCUCUGGCGCCACGUCGGCAUGUUCCUCGGUCAAGAUGUGCAAAGCAGCGUCUGCUACUUGUUGCCCGCGGACGUCCUCAGCUUCCGGGUCCCACGGUGUGCCUGAUGGCCGAGUACGACGCCCUACCGGACAUCGGCCACGGCUGCGGCCACAACCUCAUCGCCGAGGUAGCCAUGGGCGCUGCAGUGGGUGUCACGGAAGCCAUGAAGCAGUUCAACACCAUCCGCGGCAAGUUGGUCUUGAUGGGAACACCGGCCGAAGAAAGUGCCGGGGGCAAGGUACAGCUGCUCGAGAAGGGAGCCUUCAAGGACAUCGACGCGGCGCUCAUGGCGCAUCCUGGUCUCCAGGAUGUGCUCAAGCUGCACGUCAACGCACGGCGCCAACUGAACGUCCGGUACGAGGGCAAGGCGGCGCACGGCUCCAACUCUCCCUGGAAAGGUUUAAACGCCCAGGAUGCCGCGGUCGCCGCCUACAUCAAUUUGUCCAUGCUGCGGCAGCACACCAAGCCAGCAGACAGGAUACUUGGCGUGGUGAAGCAGUUCGGCGUGCGACCAAACGUCAUCUCAGAGACCAGCAAGCUGCUCUACCACAUCCGGGCGCCCAGCGAUGAUGAGAAGAACGUGCUCGUUGCGCGAGCAACGAAGUGCUUCCAGGCGGCCGCACUGGCCACGGGUUGCGAGAUCGACCUCGAGAAGGGCGUGGAGUACAAGGAGCUCAUCCACAACGAAGCCCUCGUUGAGACCUACAAGAAACACGGUGAGGCUCUUGGUAUGUCAUUCGCGGACGCUGCACCGGGCGUCAACAUCAGCGCCGGCGUGUCCACGGACGCCGGGAAUGUUUCGUACGUGCUUCCCACGAUGCACCCAAGCUUCGACAUCGGCGGCGGCUCUGCGAUGCCCCACACGAGGGCGUUCGCCGAGGCAGCGGCGACCGAGGGUGCGCACCUAGCAGCGCUGCGCGUCGCCAAGGCCCUUGCGCUCACCGCGCUCGACCUCAUGUCGGACCCCGAACUCAUGGCGCGGGCUCAGAGCGACUUCAAGGCUUGGAAGGAAAGCCGUGCGUCGCCCAAGUGAACGCUUCGCUACUGCCACGCUCGUGUGCGCCUUGUACACGCCUGGUGUCUAUCUCCGCUUUCGGCUAACACUCUUAGCUGUCGCCGUCCAAUAGCUGGUUUCUGGCCAUUCACUGGAGUGGCAGGCGAGCGUUGGAAAAGUUAACAAGGACAGAACGUGUGCAUGAACCCGCCCUACUUACCACACCGUUUAUGACGUGGGCGUACCGAGCCGUGGGCACACCGAGCCGUGGGCACACCGAGCCAAAAUGGUCGCUUACAAAGAAACGGCCGCCGCAGGAGCACUAGCAUUCAUUCAUUCAUUCAUUCAUUCAUUCAUUCAUUCAUUCAUUCAUUCAUUCAUUCAUUCAUUCAUUCGUGACCAGCUAUAAAGCAUUACAGUGCUAAAUGUAACUACCAUACUAAUUAUAGACAUCAUCGUGGUCAUCGAUUACUAUACGGUUUGUUUUCUUUUCUCGUUUCUGUAAAAACAAUAAAAACAUCAAAACAUAG